CUCGUCAAAGCUACACGGCAACUGUUAAGCUAAGCAGUUUAUCGAGCUCGGCGGGGGAAAUGUGGCGCCUUAAUCAUUAGAAUCCCAUUACCGCUUGCUUUUUUUGUGGCAUGACAGAUUGCAAAUAGAUGUCCUCACGUUUGCAACGACUGCCUUGACAUGUCGAAGUGAAAAUGAUCCAUUUCACGGUCGCAGUGGAGCCGCCCAUUAAUGUUUGACUAUAAAGAAGCACCAUCGGGGCAGCGGCCAGCAGAGCCGCAGACAGGAAGAGAUUCUGCCAGAUUCGGGACAAGGCAAACUGGAUCAAGCACGAUGGGGGGUUCGAUGGGACCGGUUCUGCACUGGCUGCACGAUGUGGCAGCCGUGACUCUCCUGAAGGCCCGGAGGACUUUAUUCCAAGCUGCUGUACUUUUCUGUGUUCUGGGUCUGCUGCUCUGGGUGUCCAUUUUCCUUUACGGUAGUUUCUAUUAUUCCUACAUGCCCACCGUGAGCUUCUCCGCCCCUGUGCACUUCUACUACAGCUCUGAUUGUGAUGCGUCAGAAUCAGAACUUUGCUCAUUCCCAACGGCCAACAUCUCCCUCUUGAAGAACGACAGGGACCAGGUGAUGGCUUACGGCCAACCUUAUCGAAUAUCUUUGGAGUUGGAGCUGCCAGAAUCUCCUGUGAAUGAACAACUGGGCAUGUUUCUGGUCAAGAUGUCGUGUUACACCAAAGGUGGGAAGAUGUUGUCAUCAGUCAGACGUUCAACGAUGCUUCAUUACCGCUCCACCCUUUUGCAGACCCUCAGCACUUUCUUCUUCUCUCCUCUCCUGCUGACUGGGAUGACUGAACAGAAGCAGCUCGUAGAAGUCGAGCUGUUCUCUGCCUACAAGACCAACACUUAUCAACCCACCGUUGGCACAGUCAUUGAGAUCCAAUCCAAACGUGUGCAGAUCUACUCAUCCCAGCUUCGCAUCCAUGCGUAUUUCACAGGCGUUCGUUAUGUCCUGUACAACUUCCCCCUGACUUCUGCGGUGAUCGGUGUGGGCACCAACUUCGCCUUCCUUGGUGUGAUUGUGCUUUUCAGCUACCUGCAAUUCAUAUGGGGUGGGCUUUGGCCGCCGGAUCAAGUACGCAUCAAAGUCAUGAUGGGGGACAGCACACGCAUGCAGCAGAGGAGGGAGGAGGUGAAGAAACGCAUGGAGAAAGAAAAUUCCCAGAAGGAGCUUGAUUACCCAAAAGUGAUUGGAUCUAUGAAUGAUGCAUCUGAUGACCAGGCUGAUGACACGGUGGUGACGCAGUCAUCAAAAACCUCCUUUGUGGAAGUAAAUGCCACUGAAGCUGAUGUUCCCAAGUCCAAAAAGGAUGUGUCUCCUGACUCCGUAUUGCCCGAGGAAAUAGACCAGCGUGAGACAACGCUCCGACAGAGAUAUGGGCAAUCAAAAAGCCUUUAGACUAAUGGGGCAUCUUGAAAUUAAGAAUAUUUAAGAGUGUAUAAACGGUACUCAAAUAUCAUUCCAUUGGAUAAAGUAGCAGAUCUUAAUACAAACGAACGCACACUAUUAGAGGUCAAGAAUAUGUAGCACAGUGAGAAUAUAUUAUGCAUAGUUUUAUUCCAUCUUGAUAAGAGACAAUAUUUCUGUCAAGUGUCAAUUGGUCACUGUAAUGCACUCCUAUAAUCUGCAAUUUGUCUACAACUAUUAAAAUGUUACACAGCUUGUUUUGUUUUUUAAAGAUAGCACACACACCUAAAAAAAAAAAAAAAAAAAAAAAUAAUUAAAAAGUCAGGUUAAAAUGUGGAAUGUCUCUAAGACGUUGCUUUUUCCACAAAGCUCUUCACAAGCAGUUACCAUUGAAAAAUACUACCUUUAUUUUUAAUUGUUUCUGUGGGUCUUCAUGUAUCUGUUUAUAUGCGUCGUCGUUCUCAUAUUGCACUAAGGGAAGUUUUGUCUGAGUGCAAUAGCUCAUUUAACCUCUGCACAUUUAGUCAAAUAAUCCAGUCUAUUACAAAACUGGGUUUCUUCCCAUCAGUACUUGUCAGAUUUACACUGCAUACACGCAAGAUAAUGGUUGAAAACUGUAUGUAUUGUUUCACAGAAAAUAAGCAUGUUUUAGAUGGAUGUUUUAAGUUAUAUAUGUUUCAUUGUGGCUCUUGAUAUAACAUUGACAUGUUUUGAAUUGAAGUGUUUCUCAGCUCAUGGUUGGUAUUAAAGUUAUUGAAUAGGGUCACCCCGCAGUCACUGAUGGUUGAGUGGUACAUUUGCCUGAGCAGCGUAAGUUCAGUUCCCACUCGGUGACGGUGUGAACGUGAGUCUGAAUGGUUGUCUGUCUCUGUGUGUGCCCUGCGACCGACCGGCGACCAAUUCAGGGUGUAGUCUGUCUUUCGCCUGAAGUAAGCCCGGAUAGGCUCCAGUGCCCUGUGACCCUAAAUAGGAUAAGCAGUGAAGAGAAUGGAUGGACGUAGGGUCACCUGCUUGGGUUUAAGUAAGUUAUGAUACCAAAGAUAAUGACAGGCUUUAUUUGUUUUGUUCUGGUCAAUGUGUGUGUCUAAUAAACUGGAUGAAAAGGCGUUUGUUGUCACUGAAUAAAAAC